AUGAAUCCAAUUUCUAAAUAAAUUAAGAAUAUCCUCAGAAUAGAAAUUAUUCUCAUAAGUGUCUUAAUGAUCAUCAACAUCACUCUAUACUUCCUAAAUAUUGCGGAGAACAACGAGAACACUUGCCAAUUAUCAUUCAAUGCCAUGGAGAGAUGUUUUGACAUCGAUAAUUAAUUGCUGUACAAAUAGAGAAUGACUAAGACUCAAUGCGACUCUUGCGCUGUCUUGUUAUGGUUGAUGCCCUCCAAUAUUAUCAUGUUAUUUAUGAUGACCCUCAUACUCCUUAAUAAGACAAGAUAUUAUAUCAAAAACUACAUGAAUAAACUGCAUCUAGUGGAAAUAAUCUAUUUUGGACUCUAAUUUGUAUAUAAUCUUUUCGUACUCUUCUAUAUUUUUAAAAUGCCCAUAAAUGACAAUUACAAAACCAAAUUGGCUCCACUAAUACUCCUAUUCAUUGAAUCCUUAGUCAAUUGUUUCAUAUGCAUAUUGAUUAAAAUAGAUCAAAUUUAUACUAUUAAUUACUUGCGUGAAACAAAUAAGAAGGAAUCCCAAAUGUCAACUUAGCUCUUAUUGUGA